AUGCGGUCGGGGCUGCAGAAACCCGGUGCUGUCCCGUUCCUCGCCCUGCUCAUUUUCUCCCUGCUCAGCUUGGUACCGACGCUCGCGAAGGAAUGGGAUUUUUACGGGUAUAGCUACAGCGCGCAUUUGGCGUACCUGGGUCUUCCCCGCGGGGACGGGCACGGUCGAUCUGUAACUCUAGCUCCAUUGGUUGGAGGUGCUCGGCUGACAGGUCUGGCAGAUUCCUCUCCCCGCGUCAAGAAUGCUUCUAGUACGAUCGAGCCUAGAUCGCGGCUGGUUGGGACGGGCUACCACUGCAGGUCCUGGCUCUUUGGUGACUUUUAUUCGUCGUGUAUUGACAAUGUGCGCGGUGCUCAGCCGCAUCACUCGGCAGUCAACACGCCUCCGCGGAGCUCAUUUGAGACUGGUCCCGAGACCGGACAUGAAGCUGUCGCCUACUCGGCGACUAAAGGACCCUCAAGCAUAACACGAGGGGUGAGCGCACUUAAAGAAUUUGUCAUCAAGCGCUGGGAUGACCAGCAAUCGGCUCAACCCCUUCCGCCCCGGCAUGAUUCUAUUGAUGAAAUUUCUACUCACGCUACGCCGACUGUCGCCAAUGCUUCUGUGACACCGGCGACUGCCAGUGGCCAGCAACGUCAACCUACGCCGAAUAACGAACUCAAUGAGACGCCAGCGGAGCGUGUUGACGAAGAUGCUUGGGUAUACAAAUUACCUUUGUUGGUACAUAGGACAUGGCAGCAGGCCUGCAUAACCGGCGGACAGUACCUAGGGAACUUGACGACUCAAUCACUCGCGCGUCAGUUGAAUCAAACCUUGAAGCCCAAAUAUGUGGCAUCGCACUCCGUGGACGAGAUAAGCCUCGAAGAACAACCCGGUUGCGCUUCGAAUAGAGAGUCGCUGGACACCAAUUCAAACCAGUCAGAACUACAUCCGUGCCAGACAAACCCGCAAUCGACUUUACCACCUAACUCACUUGAAUUGACUGCUGGCCAGUCCAAGUUUGCCGGAUUCCGACGCGAUUCCGAACACAUGUGUGGGAGCUCGAUGGCCAUCGUGAUAGCUCUAGUGGUUGGAAUCAUGUGGUUCUGA